UGCCGCCGCCACAAUGAAUGCGCGCAAGCUAUAGCGCAGGUCUAGAGGAGGGCCGGGGAGCCUAGGGCGCUUGUGUAGCAACUGUUCAGCGCCGGAGAGCUCGGGAUGCGAUACUCUACGCGGCCAAAGAAUUGUUAUUUCUUCUCCAAGAUGGGGCGCAGCUCAGUCGGUGUGGGCUUCUGGAGGCCGUCGGGUCACCCGUGUCCUUGCAUCAAACGACCUCCCAUUCACUUUCCCUCUGGGGGGAUGUGCAGGGCAAUCAAACUGCCGAGAGAGCCGCUUCACCGAGCUAAUCCCCCUUACUCGUUUUCUCCCCCUCCGGGUUUGUGCGGGCUGGGUACAAGAAGUUGGGUGGGGGCUGCUGCUGCUCAUAUUUGGACUUGCGAGGAGCCACCCCAACCCCAGGCACGGAUUCUGCUCCUUGGUAGUGGUAGGAAGCCCUUCCUUGUUAGUAGCCUCUCAUCGGGAACUGGACCAUUCAGAGCGAUUAUGAGUCACAAAGCCAUAGCGCCCUGGGGAGCCUCCUUUCUUAGGCGGGGUGACGCCCGCGGGGCCCCCACCCCGAAGUGAGGUGACGCCCGCGGUCACUUCACAAGGCAGAAAUUGUUACCCGGGCAAUAAAAGGCACAGCGGCAGAGGGGGCCGAGGAGUGGGCACAUGGGGGUGCAGGUGUGCAGGUGCCAAGCACCAUGGGUUAGGCCCGAGAUUGGAGUCCGGCCGCCCCCGACAGCAGCCGCCUCCUGCUCCCUGCGCCCCAGGCGCCAUGUCGGGCGACAAACUCCUGAGCGAGCUCGGCUAUAAACUGGGCCGCACGAUAGGUGAGGGAAGUUACUCCAAGGUGAAGGUGGCCACGUCGAAGAAAUACAAGGGCACGGUAGCCAUUAAGGUGGUGGACCGGCGGCGCGCCCCGCCAGACUUCGUCAACAAGUUUCUGCCGCGCGAGUUGUCCAUCCUUCGAGGCGUGCGGCACCCGCACAUUGUGCACGUCUUCGAGUUCAUCGAGGUGUGCAACGGGAAGCUGUACAUCGUGAUGGAGGCAGCCGCCACCGACCUGCUGCAGGCCGUGCAGCGCAACGGGCGCAUCCCCGGGGGUCAGGCGCGCGACCUCUUUGCACAGAUAGCCGGUGCCGUGCGCUACUUGCACGACCACCACCUGGUACACCGCGACCUCAAGUGCGAAAACGUGUUGCUGAGCCCUGACGAGCGCCGCGUCAAGCUCACCGACUUUGGCUUUGGCCGCCAGGCCCAUGGCUACCCUGACCUGAGCACCACCUACUGCGGCUCGGCAGCCUACGCAUCGCCUGAGGUUCUGCUGGGCAUCCCCUAUGACCCCAAGAAGUACGACGUGUGGAGCCUAGGCGUUGUGCUCUACGUCAUGGUUACCGGAUGCAUGCCCUUCGACGACUCAGACAUCGCUGGCCUGCCAAGGCGCCAGAAGCGCGGCGUCCUCUACCCCAACGGCCUCGAACUGUCUGAACGCUGCAAGGCCCUAAUCACGGAAUUGCUGCAGUUCAGCCCGUCGGCCAGACCUUCCGCAGGCCAGGUAGCGCGCAACGGCUGGCUGCGCGCUGGAGACUCCGGCUAAAAGCCGGGGUCCCCCUCUCCUCGUCUCCCCAAGCACUGCGCAAGCGCUGCGCAUGCUUGGCGCACGCUCGGGAGGCGUGUUUCCAGAGUCCUGCGACGCCAAGCGUCCUUUCCCCUUUUCCCUCUUCCUUGACCGCGGGGCCGUGAUCGAUUCGGUUUCGAAUCCAGUUCCUCCUGCACGAUUUGGAAAGCAGGAGGUUGCAUGCACAUCCUCAAUUCCCUGCAAGAAGGCCCCAGGAAGGGACAGGACCAGAGGAUGCGGAAGCAUUGCGCCUUGCGCGGAAUGAGCGACGGUUGUGCAGCCGGAAUAGGCUUCCUUGAGCAGCUGCCGGCGAGGGCAAGCACCGGGGAUGUGUCGGUUCUCAGCUUGUGGCUGAGGCGGUCGCGGGACGGCGCCCUCCGGGCGCCACCCUGGUUGUAAUUUGCAAUAAACUCGCUCUGUCUCGCACCUGGGCUCUAGCGAUGGCCACCUUUUACGGAUUGGUGUGAGGGGGGGUUCUCUCCCCCGGAAGGCAGGCGCCUAAGCUCUGUUUUAUGGAAAGGUUUGUAAAGGUUCUUGCUACAGUUCUCAAAAGGGAGUUGGGGGAUUAGAACCCGGACCAUUUGCCGCCCCCCUCCCAUCCUGGGAAGGGUCCAGGGGGCUUUAAGGUCAUCCCCGGCGUCGUGAUGGCCCCGGGAAUAGAGUUGCUGGGCUGGGGAGCAAAGGCCCAGCAUCUUUCUUGUGUUUCAGAAGGCGCUGUGUUGACGUCGACUGAGCGUUCACAGACGAGGAAUUUGAGGCCCACAUAUAUGUCACGUGCCCCAGAACACAGCUGGGGUUUGAACCCAAAUAUGGCUGAA